CUAACGCAUGUCUGAUGGACUUACUGCGAGGAAGGAAUGUUGUAAGCGUUUCUCUAUCACUUUCGAUGAAAUCUACGGCGGAGAAGAAUCGCGUCCAUACUAUAGUAAUUGCAGUUACUUGUAAAGGUCCGAACCAUCUGAUUCAACAUGGCAGCUUCCGAUACCAAGCGAGACUUGUGCAUGAUAUGCUUGGAGGCGCCUGAUGUCAGAAAGGUUGACACGUGCCAGCAUUCCUACUGCGAAAACUGUCUAUCUUCGCCCAACUUUUCCUGCCCACAGUGUGUAAAUGACAACCUAGAAUCAGGCCGUUCUAAAAAGGAGCUGGCUGCCAGAGGAGAAUCCGAAAAGCCCACCGCUGGGGACUGUAACAAUGCCCCUCUCGUAGCUGCGAUUUGUAAGCUCUGCCAUCACAGAGGGACGACAGUUAAAGCUGUAAACGUGUGCAGAGAAUGUAGGAACAUGCCGUUGUGUUUAGAGUGCUCUCUGGCGCAUCGAAAGAAUAAAUUUACAAAGAACCAUGUUGUGACUUGUCUGGUUUACACCUUUAACAAGCAAGAGGUUCUGUGUGAUGCCCAUAACGAGCCUCUCACGCUGUUCUGUACCACGUGCUCCCUAAUUGUCUGUCAUGUGUGUGUUUCGUUAGAUCACGUGGACCAUGAUGUCGAAACUUUCAAUGACGUGGUCAACACCGAGGUGGAAAAGGUCAGGAGUGCUUUGGAGAUUGAAGAGGAAUGGUUGGAUGUGUUAAAGUCCGAUGACAAAGAACUGCAGGCAUCGAAAGCAAUUGCACAAGAAAUUGAGGACGUGUUGAUCAAGUCGAUUGAAGACCACGCUGAGAAGUGUAUUAAGGAGAUCAUGAAGAAGAAGGAGGUUUUAAAAACGCAAGUUAAGGCUGAUUGUGAGGUUGUGAGAGUGAUGGAGAACUGGUUGGAGGCAAUGUCAGAGUUACAGAAGGCAUCUGCUGAUGUUGUCGCUGCAGCAGAUCAGCUCCUGAACGAGCAGGCAGAGCUACAUUCGACUUUCGUAAAGAAGUUGAUAGGUCUGAAGACGCAGUUGGAUGAGUUGAAGGAAGGCCACCAUGCUUAUGAGUUGAACAAGAAAAAGUAUCAACGAGCUUUCAAGGAACUUCGGGAGAAUUCCAUUAGAUUUUAUCCGAGGAUGCCUAAUUGCAAUAUUGGAGGCUUCGAAGACCUGUAUGCCGUGCCAAGGUGUAAUGAUGGUGGUCCAUGUGUAUGUGAAACGUGUGAACGGAAGGCUGACUCGUCUCGAGUUGAUGAAUGUCGUCAGAAAGGAACGUGUACCUGCGGGACAUGUGGGUGUGUGUUUAAUCGCGCGCGGAUCAACAAGAAAGGACGUUGCGCUUGUAAAUUCCAAUGCGAUCACGACACACGAUGUAACAGAUGCGGAUCAUACGUAGAAUGUGAAGGCCGCGCAAUGCGAUGCGAGAAUAUAAUUGCUGUUCAAAACUAUAUCCCUUGA